AUGAACCCUUCCUCGUACGACAAAUUGAUUAAGGAGAACAUCACCAAAACCUACAAAAAGUCAAGCGACGAACUGGUAGAAAAGUUAGAGGUGCAGUCUGCCCAAAUAGCUGACCAACUCAAGUUAGACGACCGCAUCGAGAAAUUGGCUAAGAAAGAAGCAUUCAUCACGUUGAAAGAUCAUAAACCCAAUCUUCAGGACCAUCCAUCAUGCCGAUUAAUAAACCCAUCGAAGCCUGAAAUUGGCGUAAUUAGCAAGCACAUCCUUGAUGAGAUUAACACUUCCAUCAUCAGCAGCUCUUAG